UGAAGCAGCUCCGUUUUUUUUACCUCUUGCUUUCUUCCUCCCUCUCUGCUCUGCUUCUCUCGCUCUCUCGCUCUCUUUUCUCUCUAUUUAAGACGACUUUAGGCUGUGGCGUGUAUGUAUUUAUCAAUGUCCUUGUUGUUUGAAAGUACGUAGCUUUAUUGAGUUUUUUUUUUUUUUGGGGGGGGGGGGGGUUAGUUUGUUUUUCGUAGCCGCCCCCUUUCCAAUGAGAAGACGUAAAAGAUGGAGCUUCACAUUUUAGAGCACAGCUUGAAAGUGGCGAGUAUAGAGAAGGAAGGUAUCCAGAUUUGCACUCACGGAUUAAUCAAACUCGCCUUCCUGGCCUCCAAAACCAGGUGCAAGUUCUUCAGCCUGACAGAGACGCCGGAGGACUACACCAUCAUCGUGGACGAGGAGGGCUUUAAAGAGCUGCCCGAGUCGGAGCACAUUAGCGUCGCCGAGGCCACGUGGCUGGCGCUCAACGUGGUGUCAGGCGGUGGAAAUGCGUCCAACUCGCAGCCCAUCGGUGUCACCAAGAUCGCAAAGUCUGUCAUCGCGCCGCUGGCUGACCACAACAUCUCCGUCUUCAUGCUGUCCACCUAUCAGACUGACUUCAUCCUGGUCCGAGAACGAGACCUGCCCAUGGUCAUGCACACACUGUCUUCGGAGUUUACUUUACUGAGGGUGGUCAAUGGAGAGACAGUGGCCGCCCACCACCUGGGGGUGACCAAUGGCUUCGUCAAGCCCAAACUCGUGCCGCGUCCAAUCAUCCACCCGCUGUCCAGCCCCAGCAACAUGUUCUGCGUGACCAGCUUGGAUCCUGACACUCUUCCCUCCGUAGCCACCCUGCUCAUGGACGUCAUGUUCUACUCUGGAGGAUCGAAAGAAUCAGGCGCAUGUGGCGACGACGCCAGCCACAUCCGAUUCUUCUCUUUCUCCCUCAUCGAAGGCUACAUCUCACUGGUCAUGGAUGAACAGACCACGCAAAGGUUCCCAAACAACGUCUUGUUCACCAGCGCUUCUGGCGAGCUUUGGAAAAUGGUCCGAAUCGGGGGACAACCUUUAGGAUUUGACGAGUGCGGCAUCGUGGCUCAAAUAUCAGAACCCUUGGCAACCGCCGACAUUCCAGCGUACUACAUUAGCACCUUCAAGUUCGACCAUGCCUUGGUUCCUGAGGAAAACAUCCAGAGCGUGAUCGGAGCGCUGAGGACCGAGAGCACCCUGGCAUAGCAAGGAUAGAGAGAGAAAAAACAGUUUUAGCGUUUGAGUUUCCAAAAACUUCCAAAAGCUAAUUAACGGACUACUGUGGAUCAGCUUGGAGUGAGGCGCAUUGUAUGAAGGGGAUUUUGUUGCUCAGCCAUUUUCCCGUAGCUCCCUCCUUUUUUCCUUUUGAUGCCACCCGAGGGCAACCCCGCAUCUGGCCUUGCCCUGGUAGUUGUUGCUGCUUCACCCUCUCACAUGCACCUACUGUGUUAGUUACAGAAUUCCUCCCUCGUGGAAGAAUGAUGAAUGUACUCGCGGAAGAAUAAUUAGUACAAGCUUUUUCACAAUUUUUUUUUUGUUUUUUUUUUCACUUUCUUUUUUCUUUUCAUGAAUUUUUCAUUUUUUUCCCUCUAUUUUUUUCCCCAUUUCUUUUUUCACUUAAAAUCUGAGGUUUCUAUUUCCCAUGUUCUUUUUUUUGUUUGUUUUUGGGGGUUUUGUCAUGUUUCAUUUUUUCCCAGGUUUUUGUUUGUCACUGUAAUUCUCUUUUUUUCACAAUUUUUUUUUGUUUCUUGUAUUGUUUUCUGGGGUGCUUUCAUUUUUUUCCCACUUUUUUUACAUUUGUUGUGUUCUGUUUUUUUUCUUUACUUUCAUUAUUUAGUUUCCCUUAUUUUUUUUCCUGCAAUUUUUUCCAUCAGUGCCAAGAUGGUUUUUUUUGACUGCCUAAAUUGAUUAUGCCUUUUGUUGUGCAAUCUGAGGCCGUGCCGCAUUCACCGCCGUUAGUGAAGUUGUUGAUCCAUCUCGACGAGGAUUUUAAAAAUGUUAAUUUUUUUUGUUUUUUUUAUUUUUUUUUUUAUUUGCUUAUCGUCGACAUGCUCAUACUGCGAGCAACCGGUCGCUUUCCUUCCACUGAUCAGAGGAUUUUGAUUUAAGUCCAUCUGAUAGCAAUGGUGGAUAUGUAGCAUUGAUAGUUUGUUGACUACUCGAUCGCGAAGGGAAAAAAAUGUUUCGCGUUUGCAUGACAAUACAGUAUAUUGGCAAAGUAGUUCCUCUGAUCUUUGUUGUUGUUCUCCCACAAUCAGAAAAUGCUAACUUUAAGUUGAAUUCUUUAGUACCGACUGAAUGUUUUGGAUUCUUGCCUUUACACUUCAUCAACCCGUCGUCGUAAUCACUGUUUAGCUCUCAGAUAACGUACAAGAAUUCGUAAAGAAAAAAAGUGUCAAGUUUGAUUUUGUUUCUUCUUAGCUAUUUUGCCAAUUUCGUACAUUCUUCAACCCUGAAAUGGGCGGAAACUUUUAUUCACUGUAUACUUAUGUUGUUUUUUCAAGCCCAGGUGAUUCGCGAGCAAGGCAGGAAAGUUGUCGUCCAGUAAAAGUUGAAAAGAUUACCAUUAGCCAGCGAUUUUUCUAGACCAAGAACGACAGCAAGACCAAAUUCUCCCUAACAACGAUUUAGUAGGUUUCAGACAUCACAGUGCAAAAUAUUGUAAGUUGCACUUUUUUUUCUUGCUCGGAGUUUAGCUUAACCCAAAAAGUUUUAUUUGGUUACUAACGUAAUUUGACUGUAUUUUAUGUUUGUUGUUUCGCUCAAAUUGUAAAUCUGUCUGACAAAUUCAUUGAGGAACCGUAACUGUCGCCGAAAUAUGAGUCUGUGAAAUUUGUCAAAAAAACAUGAGAAAGAUCAUCAUUAGUAAGUAAAUUACGCUUAUUAAUAAUAAUAAUUGUAAUUUCUCAUUGGGAAAUCUGAAUUCCCCCUUUAUAUACGAAGGCCUAAGAGACUAUUAGUUUAGCGUAAGUCUAAAAGUUAGCUUGGUUCUGGCUAUUAGCGAUGUUCAACUCACUAAAAAAUAGUUUUACAAAAAUGUAGUCUAUUUUAAGCCCGCAAAAACUAGCGUUGCCAAACUUUUAAUAAUUUCAAUUAAAAUAAAAUCAAAAGAUUUUACAGCUUAUUAAACCGCAAAUUUUGCCAACCACAAUUUAACAAUUUUAAAAUGAGGAACAUUAAUUGUGCUCAUUUAUUUUCUCGCAGUUACGCUAAAAUGUAGUUCACACUUAAAUAUGAAACUCAGACCAAGAAACUAUUAGCUUAUUAACCCAUGAAACUGGAUUACGCUACUAAAAAUGUCAUGCGUCACUUAUGCUUAUUUUCUAGCCGAGAGCUACACCAAAGAAAAUGGAAUUCACCCAUUAGUAAAUGAUUGGCUCUGUCUAGCCUUGGCGACUGGCAUUGGCUAAACUUUGGCCGAUGUAGAUGUAAAAGAUUGAAAAGGUAAUCAAAAGUGUGAUUCUCUUUUUUUUUUUUUUUUAAUUGAUGAAAAAUCUGCUAAUUUUGCCUGCCACUGUUAAGAAAGUCUGAAAUGCUGUAAAAUAUUUUUCUUCUUUUCUCACAAAAAUGGUAGCCACCUUGGAGGGAAAAAAAAAACACUUAACCCAUUCAUUACCUUAAGCCAUUAAACUAGCAUAGGCUGCUAAAAAUGUUGGUCAAUUGUGCACUUAUUUUCUUGCAAAAAUGGAAUUCACACUUAAAUGUGACGCUAGUACGAAGAAACAAUUAGCUUGGCUUAACCAACGAAGCUUAGGCUCCCUGAAAUGUUAAGUGAAUUACACAAAUUGGAAUUCAGUUGUAAACAUGAUUGGCUUCGUGCUUAAUGCAAAAAGUUAGCCCAACUAAAGCUACGAGGAACUCCAAACUUCUAACGAUUACAUUGAAAAGAUAUUCAGUAGGUAGUAUAUAUUUUUUUUAAACUGUAUUUUAUAAUCAUGUACCCAAAUUUUGCCUACUGCAAAUCAGCAAGUCUAAAAUGUCAAUUAUUGCGCCUUAUUCAUUUUCUCGCAACAAUGAAAAAGUUAGAACCAAGAAAUGAUUAGCUUAGCUUAACAAGUGAAACUGUCUUAGGUUACUAAAAAUGUAAUAAUUAAAUCAUUAAAUACGAAGCUAGGACUGAUAAGUGCUCACUGAUAAGUGCUUUCUCUCUGAGAACUACGCAAAAAUGGUUGGCUUCGCAAUAAGUUAUCUUCGCUUUAGCUACUAGUGCCUCCAAAUUUUAAAUGAUUCUGCCAUAUUUUCUUUUGUUGUUGCCGCCAAAUUAUUAGCCUGUCCAUUGAACUCUCCAAGAAAUCACUACUUCGACACUUUUUUUCAGGUUUUUUUUUUUUUUUUCCUCUGCCAAAAAUCCAGAGAAAGUGUUAGCAUUAGCAGUAACGUUGUUGUUGCUCCCAGUGUUGGCGUUCUUUUUUUCCCGUAAUGUAUUACUGAGCCACUUUUGUGACGAGAAUAAUGACGACGUAAUAAUAAGCUAACGCGUGAAGGAGAGUCUCCCUCCGUGUGUAUUUUCCGGUCUUGAAGCUCUGCCUCCCCAAAAAGCCCUCGACCAAUGGUCUGCACUUUAAUGCAGGUAAGCCCCGCCCCCACUCCCCAAAGCAGGCCUGCUGUACUGAUGUGCAAGAAUGGGAGAUGACUAUUGGUCUUAAGCAUUUGCUGGUAUUAAAAAUGUAUUUUUUCAUGUUGUUGUUGUUGUUAGUUUCUUCACCUUUUACACCCAGCUAGUCGAUACAAUUUUUUUGUCAGUGUUAAAACACAAAGAAAAUUCCUACUGAUUUCCAUUUCAAUAUGAUUUCUUUUGAUUUUGAGCUUUUUGUGCGCGUGUGUGGGGAAGCAAACAAAAGCAGCUUCCCCCCCUCC